AUGCGUUUAGUAUCAUCAUGCGUAGUUUUAAAUUUCCAGGCGAUCCACUUAUAUCGCGAACGGGAGCAGCUGCAGUGGAGGAAGGAAAAUGAGGCCAUUCUGGAUCGAGUUCGAAAGCACUCCUUCGGACCGGACGAUGAGCAGCUUUCAUUUGUACAUGUCCUUGAUCUGCAUGAAGAUGGCUUCAUCAAGCCUCACAUCGACAGUGUUCGGUACUGCGGUAAUGUGAUCACUGGUCUUUCGUUGUUAUCUGAUGCAGUGAUGCGCCUUCGACACAAAAGCCAAAAAGACAAGCUCAUUCUGGAUCUCUUCGUGCAGCGCCGAAGUCUCUACAAGAUGUGCGGAUUUAGCCGUUAUGAAUUCUACCACGAGGUGCUGGGCAAAACCGAAUCAUCGUUUGCGGGAACAUUAGUGCCACGUACUCGACGUAUAUCUGUUAUAUGUCGUGAUUUACCACGCAAACUGCAAGAAGAUGGAGGCCGUCAGGCAUUUCAAGUGCAGAAAAAAGAGAGUUAG